AUGAACGGAGUAGAAAGUCCAGCAGGGGUUAGUGACCUUCAGAGCCCAAAACCGAUUGAGAGUGGUGAACUUAAUCGGCCUGGCACUUAUAACCAGACAAAUAGCAAUGAAAAUGAGCCUCUGCUCAACGGAGAGCAUGCACGAGCAUCGCAUCGCUCGAUAGGUCAAAACGCCUCGAACGAUGGUCUACCAAAUGAGACAGAGGCCACUCAAGGAAGGCUGUACAGCACACGGCAAAAAUAUCGCCUGUUUGUGAAGGACUCUAGAAUAAUUCUGAACCUCCUUAUCGCCAUCAACUUGAUUUGGCUUGUCACAACGUUUGUUAUGGAUUUUUUUUUCAACAUUGCCAUGUUCCACUUCAACAAUAGGCUCGUCAGUUUCAAUGAUUUGUGCUUGAUUUUCAUCUCUAUUGUGGCCAACUCUUUGAACUUGUGGUCCAAUAGAGUGGGGCUAUAUUCCAGAUUGGACCAGAGCCUGAACGUUAUACUCUUCUCAUUGACCCUAUUCAAUCUCUUUUUGAGGCUUAUAGUCGGCUACACAAGGAGAAGAAUAGGGUUUAUUGGUGCUUUCACGUAUUUUUGGGCCGCCUUAACAUUUUUCGCCGGUGCAGUUUUGGACUGGUACCUGUAUUACUACUUCAAAGAGUUUCACGAAUCUAGUGGCGACUUUGACGAUGAUGAUGGCGCAGAGGGCAACUCAAGACACACAAUCAGUGAAUGGGUAUCGAUUGGUGUGAGGAAUGCCACCAAAUGCCUGAUAUUCGUGUUCUAUAUUUUCUUCACCUUGAACACGCUUCUUUACACGAUUGACGUUGGGCGUCUCACCCGCGAUGUUAAAAAUGUUAGCACAGAAGCAUCUGCUUCUUAUGAUGCGUUUCAUUGGGUCGACAAAGCUCAUACCUACCAAUUGCACAUUACAUGUUACGGCGAUAUAUCAUCUCAGGCGGAUGAUCAGCAACCCAUAGUGCUAUUUGAUCAUGGAAGUCUUGAGACAGGGUUCUUGUCGGCCAUUUGGAUUCAGGAAUUAUAUCAUCUCAACAGGGUCGAGCGUUAUUGCACUUACGACAGGCCAGGUUAUGGACUUUCGGAUUCUGCCCCAGCCCCAAUCUCAAUUGCGAUGGUAGCUGACGCACUGAGCUACGCACUUGUUGAGGACGCCAAAAUCGCUGGACCAUUCACCUUGGUUGGGUAUGAUAUUGGAGGUUUAUACUCUCAGGUGUUUGCCGCCAAAAACUUGGACAAAGUUGAGUCCAUGCUUCUCGUGGAAUCUUGGCAUGAGGAUAUUCUCUUGAAAAACUAUCUUCAAAGGCUUCUGCCCCCAGACGAUGACAGCAGAGACCCUGAUGAUAUCAGUAAACUGCCUGCAGAAAUUCGGAGGCACAAUGGCUUCAAACUAUGGUGGCAAGGUAUAUGGUCUACUUUAGGCAUCAAGCUUCAAACUUCGUGGCUCUUGGCCCAUCAUGGCUCAAAGGAGAGAAUUUAUGGUCGUGAUUUACAGUACCAAGGGAAAUUCAUCAGAUCUAAAUUCCUUGAGAGUGUCACUAGCUCUCUGUUGAGCUACAAAGACGUUUUGAAUGCAAAAGAGAAACUGCGCGAUUUGAAGCUUAGCGUAGCAAGCUCAGAUCAGUUGAUCAAAAAGUCUCCACAGUGGGGAAAUUGGCAACGCGACAUUACAAAAAUAUCAGCCAAGACCCAAGAGUGGAAAAUUUUGAACGGUGGCCACGAAGUCUAUAAAUACGGCGCCGCUACAAAAGAGCUACAAGAUGUUUUGUUGCGCCUGUUAGGUGACAAAGAUCGGUAUUGA